AUGUUACAUCCUAAAGCAGAUGUGGAAAGGCUGUACAUCCCAAGAAAAGAUGGAGGUAGAGGCCUGAUUGUUGUAGAAACAACAUUCAAAACAGCAACAGUAGGGCUUGAUCACUAUCUGAAGCACAAAGAAGGGCAAUAUCCAAAGCAGGUGCUUGAACAUGAAAGAUCUAAAGCCAAAAAUUCAAUAUCCAAGAAUGCUACUAAAUUCAAAAGGGAAAUAACAAUGCCAGAGAUUGAGAACAGAGAAGAUAAAUCUGCCUCUGAAAAUGCUAAAGCCCUGAAACGCGUGUUUAAGCCCAAGACGAAGUCAAUGAAAGAAGAAAAGUGGAAAAACAAAGCAUUGCAUGGCCAGUAUCCAAAGAUCCUAGAGAAGCCUCAUGUAGACACAGUCACCACCAACAAAUGGUUGUCAAGUAAUUUGAAAGGAGAAACAGAGGGUCUACUUGUAGCAGCAGUUUUUUUCUUG